AUGAAAGGAUGGGUAAUCUGUCUUGUAUCUACUCUCGGAUUUAUUGGUUUGGUUAUGGCAAUAACAGGUGGUAUUAUAUUUGGUAUAAAUCGUCCCAAAGAAAUUAAUCUCGUCGAGAGUUCAUGCCAGGUAAUCGAUGCGGAAGUAAUUCCACACCCAUUUGAUAAACCUACCCGUUAUGCACCUGUAUGGACUGUUGAAUACAAUGAUGACAGAAUUAUAAUGAGCAGUAACCAAACCAUAGCUCGAAUCACAGGAUCAAAUUAUGACAAAUACCAUUACGCAUUGAAUAAACUCAUGACGCAUCCUGUAAGUCAACAAGAGUCCUAUCCAAUGUGGAAGGUAUUUUGUAGUGGAAGACCUGUCUAUCGUGGUCGUCUUGAUUCAAUCGUUACUCCCGGUGAACCAGCUGGUCAUGUACAUAAAGUAAUGGGUGGUAGUCAUUUUAGUGCUGGAGUUAAAGGUCAAUCCUAUCUUGAUUUGUAUGAAAUAACAAAAGCGGCUGAAUGUACAACAUGCUCUAUUCAUACUAUUGAUAAUAGUAAUUAUUGGCAUCCAGAAUUAUAUUAUCAAUGGCCUAAUGGAACAUUUUCUUUGGUACCUGAUGGUGGUCUCACUGUUUAUUAUAUUGCUCGAACUGGUAAUGUUGGUGGUGCUCAAUAUUUGAAUCCAAAUUGGCAACCAUUUCCUAAAGGUCUUCGUAUGAUUGCUGGUGAUCCUUGGAGACGAACAUAUGAUAAAUCAAAUGUUACACACAAUGCCAUAAGUUUCGUUUGUUUGACAGAAUCAGGUAUGCCUAAGGCUCCUCAAACAAAUGGUUUUCAAACGGAUAAACAUUUUUGUAAAAAUGGUUUUUGA